AUGGGACUCAUGGACAACACAUCUAUCGACCCGUCUGCUCUAGUCAGCCAGCUCAUCACCAGUAUCAGCUGGUCUUCGUUCGCACAAGCUUCCUUGGCCCUUCUCCUCGGUUUCUACCUGUACUCAUACUGGAGAUACCGUUCCUUCUCUCUCCACAAACUCCCUGGCCCACCCGCCGACAGAUACUUCCUCGGCAUCCUCCCCUCCCUUUUGGGCUCUCAAUCCGAAGCUCCCCAGACCGCCUGGCACGCCAAAUACGGCCCCACCCUCCAAACACCCUUUCUCCCCUUCCCCUUCUAUUCCUCAUUCCAGACUACCGACCCCACCGCGCUCAACUACAUCGUAUCCCAUCCCGACUUCUUUCCGAAGCCAGAGUAUAUCCGGACAGAGAUCGCUUCGGUGGGAGGGGUAGGACUUGUGGUGGCUGAGGGGGAUCAGCAUAGGAAACAGAGAAAGGUUCUGAAUGGGUGUUUUACGCCGGCAGCUAUUGCGGGGAUGAUUGUCGAAGGUAUCUCUGAUGAAACUCCCAGCCUGACGCCCCCUCAGCCCAUGGACCAAGUUGCCGAAGGGCGCAAAGUCGAUGUGAUGCGUUAUAUUAUCCAAGCCACCUUCGACAUCAUAGGCCUCACUGGUUUCGGCUAUCAGUUCAACCAGCUGCAGCAGAAAGGAGUGGAGGAUGAGCUUUCAAAAGCCUAUGGUAAUCUCUACACAGCGUCGAUAGAAUUUCCCACAGUCCGGGUGAUACCCACCAAGAGAAUGAAGGUGGCUGCAACAGCUUACGGGACGGCUGCGCGAUUCGGUAUGAGAAUGAUCAAAGACAAAAAAGCUGCAGCCAAAAUCGAAGGUGUAGGCAAGAAAGACGGAGGGACCGACCUCAUUUCCAUCCUUGCCCUCCCACCAGAGCAAAGGCUCAGUGACCUAGAGGUCGUCGACCAAAUCACCACUUUUAUGGUGGCUGCUAAUGACACCACUGCUCUAGUCUUGACUUGGUGUCUAUACUACAUGGCUCGUUUCCCGGCUAUACAAGAGCGUCUUAGGACCGAACUCUCUUCUGUCCAUGACGAACGCCCCAGCUUAGAGACACUCAACUCGUCGCCCUAUCUGGACGCAUUCGUCCGUGAAGUGAUCCGGCUCUCGCCCUCCGUACCCAGCUCUACCAGAUCCGCCAAGAAAAAUGCCGUCAUCCCCCUCCGACAUCCUGUAGUGGGGAGAGAUGGUAAAAUGAUGAACCGUGUUGAGAUACCCAAAGGCACUGAUAUUUACAUUUCUAUCAUCGCAAUCAACACCUCUCCUCUGUACUACGGCCCCGACGCCGCAGAGUUCAACCCCGACCGCUUCCUCGGCCCCCAAGCAGAAAACGACAUCCCAGGCGUCUGGGGCGGCAGCAUGUCCUUUUUCGCUGGUCCUCGAUCUUGUAUCGGCUACCGCUUCGCCCUCGCAGAGCUUAAGACUAUCCUCUUUGUUCUGAUCAACGGUUUCGAGUUUGCAGAGCUGCCCAGCAAGCCGGUGAUGGAGAGGAGGUCGGCGACGAUCAUGAGGGCGAGGGUGGUGGGUGAGGAGUCGCUUGGGCCGCAGAUGCCAUUGUUGGUGAAAGCGUUGGCUUUUUGA